AUGACCGUCACCUUUUAUACCGGGUUUUUGAAUACCCCCAUGGGUCAAGGCAACUAUGAAGGGUACGUCGACAUGCCCGCCAAGCAGCCGCUGGGCCAAGGGAAAAUGUGGUUCAACGGCGGCAAUUAUUACGACGGCAACUGGUCGUACGGUCGCUACCACGGCACUGGCGUCCUCAAGACGGCGACGUUCGAAUACACCGGCGACUUCGCGGCCGGCCUGGUCACCGGCCAAGGCAUCAUGAACUACAAUGACAAGGGACUCUACCAGGGAUGGUUCCUCAACGGCGGUCGCCACGGCCGCGGCACCAUGAAGUGGAACAACGGCAUCGUGUACACCGGGCAAUGGAAGACAGACGCGAUCAAGGGGUUUGGCAAGGUGACCUGGCCCAACGGAGACUGGUGGGAAGCCACAUGGGACGGGAGCUUUUCCAGUAUCUGGGCGGGCAAAGGCCAGCAGGGGAAAGGCCGGGCGCGGUGGCAUGACAAACGCAAUGAGGGAAAGGUCUAUGUGGGAGCCACUAAGGGCGGGUUGAGACAUGGCUUUGGCACUCUCACCACCCUGGAGUACAAGUUCGAGGGGAAUUUCCAGGAUGGACGUCGAGAUGGGCGCUUCAAGGUCACCAAGCUGGCCACUCAAAAGAUCACCCAUCGGACGUAUGAGGAUGACACAUGGGUGGAUGACUAG